GUUUUAUAAACUCUAAACCAUAAAUAAUCCUCAUAUCCAAAUAUUUCAAGCUAAAGACAUGGCCGCAUCAAAAACUACAAUCUUCAUCGUUUUCGUUCUUUGUCUUUCAUGCACGCUGUUGGUGAAUAUAUCUGGAAUUCAAGCCACUAGCUCGACAUUAAAAGAGAGUCUAACAGCUGAGAUUAAGCCGACGAAGGUGGAUCGGUGCAAGACGGAUCGUGAUUGUCCCCAAUCUCAUCGAUGCCAAAAAGACUUUUAUUAUGGUUGCGUUGUUGGAGAAUGUAUUUGUAGAGCUGUUUGAGGAAGCGUUGGAACACCUAAUCGCAAUCUAGAUGAUUGUAGGCGAUUUAAACGUUCAUAUAUGCUAUAAGAAAUGAAAUAUUGUGAUUUAUAAAUAAGAAAUUCUAAUAUUUUAAAAUA